GCUGAAGGUGAAUGCGAUUCGUAUACACAGAUUGUCUGGGAAAUGACUACUGAUCUUGGAUGUAGUGUCACUAAAUGUUCGAAUUCCCUUUAUGAACUAAGCAUUGUGUGCAAUUACGGACCUGGGGGGAAUUAUAUUUCAAUGCAGCCAUAUCAAACGUGGGAAGAUGUAGAAAUACCAUGCAUAACACAGAGUCCUACAAAAGAAGAAAGUGAAAUCAUGCGCAGAAAAUUAAGAAGAAUAAGAAGAAAAUACUACCGAGUAGAAUACGAAAACGACGAGAAUGAAAGCUCAAAUCCACAGAACAAAACAAAAAGAAAUUACACAACCCGAGGAAAACCAAAUUUCCAAAAUGAAACCAAAAUAUGGAUGAAAAAUAUAACAAUAGAAAGAAAAAGAAAACAAAGAAGACAGUAUGAAGAGAGGAGUCCAACACAAAACCAAACUCAAAUAACAAAUAAAACAAGUAAAACCAUAAAACAAUACAAGCGCAAACAACAGCAGAAAAACGGAGAAACAACAAACAUGAGCAAUACCAACUAUCUCAUACAGCAAAACCUCAUAUUCAAUGGAACAAAAUCAAAACAAAAUCGCACGCAAUCGAAAAAACAAAAGCCAAAAUCAGAAAAAAACAUAACAACAACAACAACCAAUCGAAUACCAAUAACAACUAACACCACUACAACAAACCAAACAACCACCACUCCAACACCACAGCCGACCACCACAACUCUAACAAACCAGACAACAACCAAUCGAAUACCAAUAACAACUAACACCACUACAACAAACCAAACAACCACCACUCCAACACCACAGCCGACCACCACAACUCUAACAAACCAGACAACAACCAAUCGAAUACCAAUAACAACUAACACCACUACAACAAACCAAACAACCACCACUCCAACACCACAGCCGACGACCACAACUCUAACAAACCAGACAACAACCAAUCGAAUACCAAUAACAACUAACACCACUACAACAAACCAAACAACCACCACUCCAACACCACAGCCGACGACCACAACUCUAACAAACCAGACAACAACCAAUCGAAUACCAAUAACAACUAACACCACUACAACAAACCAAACAACCACCACUCCAACACCACAGCCGACGACCACAACUCUAACAAACCAGACAACAACCAAUCGAAUACCAAUAACAACUAACACCACUACAACAAACCAAACAACCACCACUCCAACACCACAGCCGACGACCACAACUCUAACAAACCAGACAACAACCAAUCGAAUACCAAUAACAACUAACACCACUACAACAAACCAAACAACCACCACUCCAACACCACAGCCGACGACCACAACUCUAACAAACCAGACAACAACCAAUCGAAUACCAAUAACAACUAACACCACUACAACAAACCAAACAACCACCACUCCAACACCACAGCCGACGACCACAACUCUAACAAACCAGACAACAACCAAUCGAAUACCAAUAACAACUAACACCACUACAACAAACCAAACAACCACCACUCCAACACCACAGCCGACGACCACAACUCUAACAAACCAGACAACAACCAAUCGAAUACCGAUAACAACUAACACCACUACAACAAACCAAACAACCACCACUCCAACACCACAGCCGACGACCACAACUCUAACAAACCAGACAACAACCAAUCGAAUACCAAUAACAACUAACACCACUACAACAAACCAAACAACCACCACUCCAACACCACAGCCGACGACCACAACUCUAACAAACCAGACAACAACCAAUCGAAUACCGAUAACAACUAACACCACUACAACAAACCAAACAACCACCACUCCAACACCACAGCCGACGACCACAACUCUAACAAACCAGACAACAACCAAUCGAAUACCAAUAACAACUAACACCACUACAACAAACCAAACAACCACCACUCCAACACCACAGCCGACGACCACAACUCUAACAAACCAGACAACAACCAAUCGAAUACCAAUAACAACUAACACCACUACAACAAACCAAACAACCACCACUCCAACACCACAGCCGACGACCACAACUCUAACAAACCAGACAACAACCAAUCGAAUACCAAUAACAACUAACACCACUACAACAAACCAAACAACCACCACUCCAACACCACAGCCGACGACCACAACUCUAACAAACCAGACAACAACCAAUCGAAUACCAAUAACAACUAACACCACUACAACAAACCAAACAACCACCACUCCAACACCACAGCCGACGACCACAACUCUAACAAACCAGACAACAACCAAUCGAAUACCAAUAACAACUAACACCACUACAACAAACCAAACAACCACCACUCCAACACCACAGCCGACGACCACAACUCUAACAAACCAGACAACAACCAAUCGAAUACCAAUAACAACUAACACCACUACAACAAACCAAACAACCACCACUCCAACACCACAGCCGACGACCACAACUCUAACAAACCAGACAACAACCAAUCGAAUACCAAUAACAACUAACACCACUACAACAAACCAAACAACCACCACUCCAACACCACAGCCGACGACCACAACUCUAACAAACCAGACAACAACCAAUCGAAUACCAAUAACAACUAACACCACUACAACAAACCAAACAACCACCACUCCAACACCACAGCCGACGACCACAACUCUAACAAACCAGACAACAACCAAUCGAAUACCAAUAACAACUAACACCACUACAACAAACCAAACAACCACCACUCCAACACCACAGCCGACGACCACAACUCUAACAAACCAGACAACAACCAAUCGAAUACCAAUAACAACUAACACCACUACAACAAACCAAACAACCACCACUCCAACACCACAGCCGACGACCACAACUCUAACAAACCAGACAACAACCAAUCGAAUACCAAUAACAACUAACACCACUACAACAAACCAAACAACCACCACUCCAACACCACAGCCGACGACCACAACUCUAACAAACCAGACAACAACCAAUCGAAUACCAAUAACAACUAACACCACUACAACAAACCAAACAACCACCACUCCAACACCACAGCCGACGACCACAACUCUAACAAACCAGACAACAACCAAUCGAAUACCAAUAACAACUAACACCACUACAACAAACCAAACAACCACCACUCCAACACCACAGCCGACGACCACAACUCUAACAAACCAGACAACAACCAAUCGAAUACCAAUAACAACUAACACCACUACAACAAACCAAACAACCACCACUCCAACACCACAGCCGACGACCACAACUCUAACAAACCAGACAACAACCAAUCGAAUACCAAUAACAACUAACACCACUACAACAAACCAAACAACCACCACUCCAACACCACAGCCGACGACCACAACUCUAACAAACCAGACAACAACCAAUCGAAUACCAAUAACAACUAACACCACUACAACAAACCAAACAACCACCACUCCAACACCACAGCCGACGACCACAACUCUAACAAACCAGACAACAACCAAUCGAAUACCAAUAACAACUAACACCACUACAACAAACCAAACAACCACCACUCCAACACCACAGCCGACGACCACAACUCUAACAAACCAGACAACAACCAAUCGAAUACCAAUAACAACUAACACCACUACAACAAACCAAACAACCACCACUCCAACACCACAGCCGACGACCACAACUCUAACAAACCAGACAACAACCAAUCGAAUACCAAUAACAACUAACACCACUACAACAACCCAAACAACCACCACUCCAACACCACAGCCGACGACCACAACUCUAACAAACCAGACAACAACCAAUCGAAUACCGAUAACAACUAACACCACUACAACAAACCAAACAACCACCACUCCAACACCACAGCCGACGACCACAACUCUAACAAACCAGACAACAACCAAUCGAAUACCGAUAACAACUAACACCACUACAACAAACCAAACAACCACCACUCCAACACCACAGCCGACGACCACAACUCUAACAAACCAGACAACAACCAAUCGAAUACCAAUAACAACUAACACCACUACAACAAACCAAACAACCACCACUCCAACACCACAGCCGACGACCACAACUCUAACAAACCAGACAACAACCAAUCGAAUACCAAUAACAACUAACACCACUACAACAAACCAAACAACCACCACUCCAACACCACAGCCGACGACCACAACUCUAACAAACCAGACAACAACCAAUCGAAUACCAAUAACAACUAACACCACUACAACAAACCAAACAACCACCACUCCAACACCACAGCCGACGACCACAACUCUAACAAACCAGACAACAACCAAUCGAAUACCAAUAACAACUAACACCACUACAACAAACCAAACAACCACCACUCCAACACCACAGCCGACGACCACAACUCUAACAAACCAGACAACAACCAAUCGAAUACCACUAACAACUAACACCACUACAACAAACCAAACAACCACCACUCCAACACCACAGCCGACGACCACAACUCUAACAAACCAGACAACAACCAAUCGAAUACCAAUAACAACUAACACCACUACAACAAACCAAACAACCACCACUCCAACACCACAGCCGACGACCACAACUCUAACAAACCAGACAACAACCAAUCGAAUACCAAUAACAACUAACACCACUACAACAAACCAAACAACCACCACUCCAACACCACAGCCGACGACCACAACUCUAACAAACCAGACAACAACCAAUCGAAUACCAAUAACAACUAACACCACUACAACAACCCAAACAACCACCACUCCAACACCACAGCCGACGACCACAACUCUAACAAACCAGACAACAACCAAUCGAAUACCAAUAACAACUAACACCACUACAACAAACCAAACAACCACCACUCCAACACCACAGCCGACGACCACAACUCUAACAAACCAGACAACGACCAAUCGAAUACCAAUAACAACUAACACCACUACAACAAACCAAACAACCACCACUCCAACACCACAGCCGACGACCACAACUCUAACAAACCAGACAACAACCAAUCGAAUACCAAUAACAACUAACACCACUACAACAAACCAAACAACCACCCCUCCAACACCACAGCCGACGACCACAACUCUAACAAACCAGACAACAACCAAUCGAAUACCAAUAACAACUAACACCACUACAACAAACCAAACAACCACCACUCCAACACCACAGCCGACGACCACAACUCUAACAAACCAGACAACAACCAAUCGAAUACCAAUAACAACUAACACCACUACAACAAACCAAACAACCACCACUCCAACACCACAGCCGACGACCACAACUCUAACAAACCAGACAACAACCAAUCGAAUACCAAUAACAACUAACACCACUACAACAAACCAAACAACCACCACUCCAACACCACAGCCGACGACCACAACUCUAACAAACCAGACAACAACCAAUCGAAUACCAAUAACAACUAACACCACUACAACAAACCAAACAACCACCACUCCAACACCACAGCCGACGACCACAACUCUAACAAACCAGACAACAACCAAUCGAAUACCAAUAACAACUAACACCACUACAACAAACCAAACAACCACCACUCCAACACCACAGCCGACGACCACAACUCUAACAAACCAGACAACAACCAAUCGAAUACCAAUAACAACUAACACCACUACAACAAACCAAACAACCACCACUCCAACACCACAGCCGACGACCACAACUCUAACAAACCAGACAACAACCAAUCGAAUACCAAUAACAACUAACACCACUACAACAAACCAAACAACCACCACUCCAACACCACAGCCGACGACCACAACUCUAACAAACCAGACAACAACCAAUCGAAUACCAAUAACAACUAACACCACUACAACAAACCAAACAACCACCACUCCAACACCACAGCCGACGACCACAACUCUAACAAACCAGACAACAACCAAUCGAAUACCAAUAACAACUAACACCACUACAACAAACCAAACAACCACCACUCCAACACCACAGCCGACGACCACAACUCUAACAAACCAGACAACAACCAAUCGAAUACCAAUAACAACUAACACCACUACAACAAACCAAACAACCACCACUCCAACACCACAGCCGACGACCACAACUCUAACAAACCAGACAACAACCAAUCGAAUACCAAUAACAACUAACACCACUACAACAAACCAAACAACCACCACUCCAACACCACAGCCGACGACCACAACUCUAACAAACCAGACAACAACCAAUCGAAUACCAAUAACAACUAACACCACUACAACAAACCAAACAACCACCACUCCAACACCACAGCCGACGACCACAACUCUAACAAACCAGACAACAACCAAUCGAAUACCAAUUACAACUAACACCACUACAACAAACCAAACAACCACCACUCCAACACCACAGCCGACGACCACAACUCUAACAAACCAGACAACAACCAAUCGAAUACCAAUAACAACUAACACCACUACAACAAACCAAACAACCACCACUCCAACACCACAGCCGACGACCACAACUCUAACAAACCAGACAACAACCAAUCGAAUACCAAUAACAACUAACACCACUACAACAAACCAAACAACCACCACUCCAACACCACAGCCGACCACCACAACUCUAACAAACCAGACAACAACCAAUCGAAUACCAAUAACAACUAACACCACUACAACAAACCAAACAACCACCACUCCAACACCACAGCCGACGACCACAACUCUAACAAACCAGACAACAACCAAUCGAAUACCGAUAACAACUAACACCACUACAACAAACCAAACAACCACCACUCCAACACCACAGCCGACGACCACAACUCUAACAAACCAGACAACAACCAAUCGAAUACCGAUAACAACUAACACCACUACAACAAACCAAACAACCACCACUCCAACACCACAGCCGACGACCACAACUCUAACAAACCAGACAACAACCAAUCGAAUACCAAUAACAACUAACACCACUACAACAAACCAAACAACCACCACUCCAACACCACAGCCGACGACCACAACUCUAACAAACCAGACAACAACCAAUCGAAUACCAAUAACAACUAACACCACUACAACAAACCAAACAACCACCACUCCAACACCACAACCGACGACCACAACUCUAACAAACCAGACAACAACCAAUCGAAUACCAAUAACAACUAACACCACUACAACAAACCAAACAACCACCACUCCAACACCACAGCCGACGACCACAACUCUAACAAACCAGACAACAACCAAUCGAAUACCAAUAACAACUAACACCACUACAACAAACCAAACAACCACCACUCCAACACCACAGCCGACGACCACAACUCUAACAAACCAGACAACAACCAAUCGAAUACCAAUAACAACUAACACCACUACAACAAACCAAACAACCACCACUCCAACACCACAGCCGACCACCACAACUCUAACAAACCAGACAACAACCAAUCGAAUACCAAUAACAACUAACACCACUACAACAAACCAAACAACCACCACUCCAACACCACAGCCGACGACCACAACUCUAACAAACCAGACAACAACCAAUCGAAUACCAAUAACAACUAACACCACUACAACAAACCAAACAACCACCACUCCAACACCACAACCGACGACCACAACUCUAACAAACCAGACAACAACCAAUCGAAUACCAAUAACAACUAACACCACUACAACAAACCAAACAACCACCACUCCAACACCACAGCCGACGACCACAACUCUAACAAACCAGACAACGACCAAUCGAAUACCAAUAACAACUAACACCACUACAACAAACCAAACAACCACCACUCCAACACCACAGCCGACGACCACAACUCUAACAAACCAGACAACAACCAAUCGAAUACCAAUAACAACUAACACCACUACAACAAACCAAACAACCACCACUCCAACACCACAACCGACGACCACAACUCUAACAAACCAGACAACAACCAAUCGAAUACCAAUAACAACUAACACCACUACAACAAACCAAACAACCACCACUCCAACACCACAGCCGACGACCACAACUCUAACAAACCAGACAACAACCAAUCGAAUACCAAUAACAACUAACACCACUACAACAAGCCAAACAACCACCACUCCAACACCACAGCCGACGACCACAACUCUAACAAACCAGACAACAACCAAUCGAAUACCAAUAACAACUAACACCACUAAAACAAACCAAACAACCACCACUCCAACACCACAGCCGACGACCACAACUCUAACAAACCAGACAACAACCAAUCGAAUACCAAUAACAACUAACACCACUACAACAAACCAAACAACCACCACUCCAACACCACAGCCGACGACCACAACUCUAACAAACCAGACAACGACCAAUCGAAUACCAAUAACAACUAACACCACUACAACAAACCAAACAACCACCACUCCAACACCACAGCCGACGACCACAACUCUAACAAACCAGACAACAACCAAUCGAAUACCAAUAACAACUAACACCACUACAACAAACCAAACAACCACCACUCCAACACCACAGCCGACGACCACAACUCUAACAAACCAGACAACAACCAAUCGAAUACCAAUAACAACUAACACCACUCCAACAAACCAAACAACCACCACUCCAACACCACAGCCGACGACCACAACUCUAACAAACCAGACAACAACCAAUCGAAUACCAAUAACAACUAACACCACUACAACAAACCAAACAACCACCACUCCAACACCACAGCCGACGACCACAACUCUAACAAACCAGACAACAACCAAUCGAAUACCAAUAACAACUAACACCACUACAACAAACCAAACAACCACCACUCCAACACCACAGCCGACCACCACAACUCUAACAAACCAGACAACAACCAAUCGAAUACCAAUAACAACUAACACCACUACAACAAACCAAACAACCACCACUCCAACACCACAGCCGACGACCACAACUCUAACAAACCAGACAACGACCAAUCGAAUACCAAUAACAACUAACACCACUACAACAAACCAAACAACCACCACUCCAACACCACAGCCGACGACCACAACUCUAACAAACCAGACAACAACCAAUCGAAUACCAAUAACAACUAACACCACUACAACAAACCAAACAACCACCACUCCAACACCACAGCCGACGACCACAACUCUAACAAACCAGACAACAACCAAUCGAAUACCAAUAACAACUAACACCACUACAACAAACCAAACAACCACCACUCCAACACCACAGCCGACGACCACAACUCUAACAAACCAGACAACAACCAAUCGAAUACCAAUAACAACUAACACCACUACAACAAACCAAACAACCACCACUCCAACACCACAGCCGACGACCACAACUCUAACAAACCAGACAACAACCAAUCGAAUACCAAUAACAACUAACACCACUACAACAAACCAAACAACCACCACUCCAACACCACAGCCGACGACCACAACUCUAACAAACCAGACAACAACCAAUCGAAUACCAAUAACAACUAACACCACUACAACAAACCAAACAACCACCACUCCAACACCACAGCCGACGACCACAACUCUAACAAACCAGACAACAACCAAUCGAAUACCAAUAACAACUAACACCACUACAACAAACCAAACAACCACCACUCCAACACCACAGCCGACGACCACAACUCUAACAAACCAGACAACAACCAAUCGAAUACCAAUAACAACUAACACCACUACAACAAACCAAACAACCACCACUCCAACACCACAGCCGACGACCACAACUCUAACAAACCAGACAACAACCAAUCGAAUACCAAUAACAACUAACACCACUACAACAAACCAAACAACCACCACUCCAACACCACAGCCGACGACCACAACUCUAACAAACCAGACAACAACCAAUCGAAUACCAAUAACAACUAACACCACUACAACAAACCAAACAACCACCACUCCAACACCACAGCCGACGACCACAACUCUAACAAACCAGACAACAACCAAUCGAAUACCAAUAACAACUAACACCACUACAACAAACCAAACAACCACCACUCCAACACCACAGCCGACGACCACAACUCUAACAAACCAGACAACAACCAAUCGAAUACCAAUAACAACUAACACCACUACAACAAACCAAACAACCACCACUCCAACACCACAGCCGACGACCACAACUCUAACAAACCAGACAACAACCAAUCGAAUACCAAUAACAACUAACACCACUACAACAAACCAAACAACCACCACUCCAACACCACAGCCGACGACCACAACUCUAACAAACCAGACAACAACCAAUCGAAUACCAAUAACAACUAACACCACUACAACAAACCAAACAACCACCACUCCAACACCACAGCCGACGACCACAACUCUAACAAACCAGACAACAACCAAUCGAAUACCAAUAACAACUAACACCACUACAACAAACCAAACAACCACCACUCCAACACCACAGCCGACGACCACAACUCUAACAAACCAGACAACAACCAAUCGAAUACCAAUAACAACUAACACCACUACAACAAACCAAACAACCACCACUCCAACACCACAGCCGACGACCACAACUCUAACAAACCAGACAACAACCAAUCGAAUACCAAUAACAACUAACACCACUACAACAAACCAAACAACCACCACUCCAACACCACAGCCGACGACCACAACUCUAACAAACCAGACAACAACCAAUCGAAUACCAAUAACAACUAACACCACUACAACAAACCAAACAACCACCACUCCAACACCACAGCCGACGACCACAACUCUAACAAACCAGACAACAACCAAUCGAAUACCAAUAACAACUAACACCACUAAAACAAACCAAACAACCACCACUCCAACACCACAGCCGACGACCACAACUCUAACAAACCAGACAACAACCAAUCGAAUACCAAUAACAACUAACACCACUACAACAAACCAAACAACCACCACUCCAACACCACAGCCGACGACCACAACUCUAACAAACCAGACAACAACCAAUCGAAUACCAAUAACAACUAACACCACUACAACAAACCAAACAACCACCACUCCAACACCACAGCCGACGACCACAACUCUAACAAACCAGACAACAACCAAUCGAAUACCAAUAACAACUAACACCACUACAACAAACCAAACAACCACCACUCCAACACCACAGCCGACGACCACAACUCUAACAAACCAGACAACAACCAAUCGAAUACCAAUAACAACUAACACCACUACAACAAACCAAACAACCACCACUCCAACACCACAGCCGACGACCACAACUCUAACAAACCAGACAACAACCAAUCGAAUACCAAUAACAACUAACACCACUACAACAAACCAAACAACCACCACUCCAACACCACAGCCGACGACCACAACUCUAACAAACCAGACAACAACCAAUCGAAUACCAAUAACAACUAACACCACUACAACAAACCAAACAACCACCACUCCAUCACCACAGCCGACGACCACAACUCUAACAAACCAGACAACAACCAAUCGAAUACCAAUAACAACUAACACCACUACAACAAACCAAACAACCACCACUCCAACACCACAGCCGACGACCACAACUCUAACAAACCAGACAACAACCAAUCGAAUACCAAUAACAACUAACACCACUACAACAAACCAAACAACCACCACUCCAACACCACAGCCGACGACCACAACUCUAACAAACCAGACAACAACCAAUCGAAUACCAAUAACAACUAACACCACUACAACAAACCAAACAACCACCACUCCAACACCACAGCCGACGACCACAACUCUAACAAACCAGACAACAACCAAUCGAAUACCAAUAACAACUAACACCACUACAACAAACCAAACAACCACCACUCCAACACCACAGCCGACGACCACAACUCUAACAAACCAGACAACAACCAAUCGAAUACCAAUAACAACUAACACCACUACAACAAGCCAAACAACCACCACUCCAACACCACAGCCGACGACCACAACUCUAACAAACCAGACAACAACCAAUCGAAUACCAAUAACAACUAACACCACUACAACAAACCAAACAACCACCACUCCAACACCACAGCCGACGACCACAACUCUAACAAACCAGACAACAACCAAUCGAAUACCACUAACAACUAACACCACUACAACAAACCAAACAACCACCACUCCAACACCACAGCCGACGACCACAACUCUAACAAACCAGACAACAACCAAUCGAAUACCAAUAACAACUAACACCACUACAACAAACCAAACAACCACCACUCCAACACCACAGCCGACGACCACAACUCUAACAAACCAGACAACAACCAAUCGAAUACCAAUAACAACUAACACCACUACAACAAACCAAACAACCACCACUCCAACACCACAGCCGACGACCACAACUCUAACAAACCAGACAACAACCAAUCGAAUACCAAUAACAACUAACACCACUACAACAAACCAAACAACCACCACUCCAACACCACAGCCGACGACCACAACUCUAACAAACCAGACAACAACCAAUCGAAUACCAAUAACAACUAACACCACUACAACAAACCAAACAACCACCACUCCAACACCACAGCCGACGACCACAACUCUAACAAACCAGACAACAACCAAUCGAAUACCAAUAACAACUAACACCACUACAACAAGCCAAACAACCACCACUCCAACACCACAGCCGACGACCACAACUCUAACAAACCAGACAACAACCAAUCGAAUACCAAUAACAACUAACACCACUACAACAAACCAAACAACCACCACUCCAACACCACAGCCGACGACCACAACUCUAACAAACCAGACAACAACCAAUCGAAUACCAAUAACAACUAACACCACUACAACAAACCAAACAACCACCACUCCAACACCACAGCCGACGACCACAACUCUAACAAACCAGACAACAACCAAUCGAAUACCAAUAACAACUAACACCACUACAACAAACCAAACAACCACCACUCCAACACCACAGCCGACGACCACAACUCUAACAAACCAGACAACAACCAAUCGAAUACCAAUAACAACUAACACCACUACAACAAACCAAACAACCACCACUCCAACACCACAGCCGACGACCACAACUCUAACAAACCAGACAACAACCAAUCGAAUACCAAUAACAACUAACACCACUACAACAAACCAAACAACCACCACUCCAACACCACAGCCGACGACCACAACUCUAACAAACCAGACAACAACCAAUCGAAUACCAAUAACAACUAACACCACUACAACAAACCAAACAACCACCACUCCAACACCACAGCCGACGACCACAACUCUAACAAACCAGACAACAACCAAUCGAAUACCAAUAACAACUAACACCACUACAACAAACCAAACAACCACCACUCCAACACCACAGCCGACGACCACAACUCUAACAAACCAGACAACAACCAAUCGAAUACCAAUAACAACUAACACCACUACAACAAACCAAACAACCACCACUCCAACACCACAGCCGACGACCACAACUCUAACAAACCAGACAACAACCAAUCGAAUACCAAUAACAACUAACACCACUACAACAAACCAAACAACCACCACUCCAACACCACAGCCGACGACCACAACUCUAACAAACCAGACAACAACCAAUCGAAUACCAAUAACAACUAACACCACUACAACAAACCAAACAACCACCACUCCAACACCACAGCCGACGACCACAACUCUAACAAACCAGACAACAACCAAUCGAAUACCAAUAACAACUAACACCACUACAACAAACCAAACAACCACCACUCCAACACCACAGCCGACGACCACAACUCUAACAAACCAGACAACAACCAAUCGAAUACCAAUAACAACUAACACCACUACAACAAACCAAACAACCACCACUCCAACACCACAGCCGACGACCACAACUCUAACAAACCAGACAACAACCAAUCGAAUACCAAUAACAACUAACACCACUACAACAAACCAAACAACCACCACUCCAACACCACAGCCGACGACCACAACUCUAACAAACCAGACAACAACCAAUCGAAUACCAAUAACAACUAACACCACUACAACAAACCAAACAACCACCACUCCAACACCACAGCCGACGACCACAACUCUAACAAACCAGACAACAACCAAUCGAAUACCAAUAACAACUAACACCACUACAACAAACCAAACAACCACCACUCCAACACCACAGCCGACGACCACAACUCUAACAAACCAGACAACAACCAAUCGAAUACCAAUAACAACUAACACCACUACAACAAACCAAACAACCACCACUCCAACACCACAGCCGACGACCACAACUCUAACAAACCAGACAACAACCAAUCGAAUACCAAUAACAACUAACACCACUACAACAAACCAAACAACCACCACUCCAACACCACAGCCGACGACCACAACUCUAACAAACCAGACAACAACCAAUCGAAUACCAAUAACAACUAACACCACUACAACAAGCCAAACAACCACCACUCCAACACCACAGCCGACGACCACAACUCUAACAAACCAGACAACAACCAAUCGAAUACCAAUAACAACUAACACCACUACAACAAACCAAACAACCACCACUCCAACACCACAGCCGACGACCACAACUCUAACAAACCAGACAACAACCAAUCGAAUACCAAUAACAACUAACACCACUACAACAAACCAAACAACCACCACUCCAACACCACAGCCGACGACCACAACUCUAACAAACCAGACAACAACCAAUCGAAUACCAAUAACAACUAACACCACUACAACAAACCAAACAACCACCACUCCAACACCACAGCCGACGACCACAACUCUAACAAACCAGACAACAACCAAUCGAAUACCAAUAACAACUAACACCACUACAACAAACCAAACAACCACCACUCCAACACCACAGCCGACGACCACAACUCUAACAAACCAGACAACAACCAAUCGAAUACCAAUAACAACUAACACCACUACAACAAACCAAACAACCACCACUCCAACACCACAGCCGACGACCACAACUCUAACAAACCAGACAACAACCACUCGAAUACCAAUAACAACUAACACCACUACAACAAACCAAACAACCACCACUCCAACACCACAGCCGACGACCACAACUCUAACAAACCAGACAACAACCAAUCGAAUACCAAUAACAACUAACACCACUACAACAAACCAAACAACCACUAGUCCCUCAGGAUGGCCGGCCACAUCAGGAAUAAUCCAAGCUACUUUUAAUAAUCCUAAUUCUUCUAUUUCUGUGGGCAAUUCCAGUAAUAAUAUUCUGGCAAAUAUAUCAGAUUAUGUUUCUCGUAACUCUACUGGACGAUUUACUUCUGUUUCUUCCUCUGCUUCUUCGAAUUGUUCCUCGAAUUGUGUUCCUCUUCCUGAUUUGUUAUCUCAGUUCCUACCUGGUUUACGCAUUUGUCUUUAA